CGUGCGUUGUUUGUUUUGUUUUCCAAAAUGCAACAUUUUCGAAAUAUUAGUCAGUAGUUUUAUAAUUGCAUAUUGUAAGCCAUAAAUUAGAUUAAAUAAGUUGUUCUCCUCGGUGUUUAAUUCUAUUAAAGUAGUUAAUAAUGGCAAAGAAAGUUGAUCACAUGGAUUUGACCCAAGACGAUUCUAUUCCACUUGAUGACGAUGAAGGCCUAACUGCUGUAAACUUGCCCGGCACAUCUAGAGCCCAGAAAACCAGGGGCAGGGGAAAGAGAAGGAGUGUUGGGAGUACGGAAAAUACUGAGAAUAAGAAGACAAAAGCCAGUAAGCAGUCUUUGAAAGAAAAGCAAGCAGCAGAAAAGUUAGCAAAGAAAGCUGCAAAUGAAAUGAACAAGAUUUACAAGCCUGGAGAGUGUAUGAAGCAUAUGAACAUAGAGAUCCAUCCAACCCUAGCUGCCGAAUGGUACAUGGCUAACGUCCAGACCGAAGCAGCAGCGGCGGGCGCGCGUAUCGUCCCUGCCCCAGACCUAUUCCAUCCUGGACUUGUGGUGUGGACGCGGACUGUGCCUCCGACACUGUGCGACACAGGGGGAAAUGUGAGUAAAGUCCGGUCGCCGGACAGAUAG